GCAUCAAAGUAUGACAUCAGAACUUUGGGAAAACCGAAAUUGAAAGCAGAAAAUAUUGUAUAACAAAAACAAAAAGAAUAUAAUUUUAAUAGACACGACCUUUUUAUUCCACAUAAAUUUCUCUUGGUAUCGCCACAAGAGCCCUUACGACUCCAUCCGUUUGGCACGAGAGCUAAGAAAACACCGCAGGAGAAUUGAUCUUGAGAGUCAUAUGCACGAUCGUGUGAAGCCAAAGCACUAUCGAACCAUAAUACGCGAGUAUUCAUUGGAAAAUUCAUAUCAGAACAGUGACGAAUCCGUUGAGACUGUCGAAAACUUAAACUUUCUUAGUGUGGCAAAAAAUUCAACCAACUCUUCGGGCGAUGGCUCCUUGGCGAUAGAACCAUCUGCCAGAACCCGUUCAUCCAAAGGCAAUAGACCAAGAUAUCAAAAACGAGAAUCAAUCUCAGGCACUGUAGCAGCUGUUCAGCAAUUGGCAAGGUCCUUAAAUAUCUUAAAUAACGACUUUUAUGCCUUUAGAAAAGAACAAAAUGAAAGAAUGCAUAAUAUAACCAAACUCUUGGAUAGAUUCACUACGAAAUCCAGAAAGGCGGAAAAAGAAAGAAAAAAAGAUUCGAGAAGGAACAGCAGCAAAAAUAAACAAUAUAAAAGCCGGACUGAGGACGUAACGGACACCAAGGACCAAAAUCAUAUAACCAAUAAUACCGACAACAAGAUCCUUAACAAUACCCACAACGAGACCUUCAACAAUACCCAAAAUAAGGAGGAGUUGGAUCAGGAGCCCAUCAAGAGCAAAACCCACACACAAACCGAUACAAACCCCAUCCACACUAUUCAGAAUAAUACCGACAAUAAAGUCCUUAAUAAUACCGACAAAGAGGAGUUGGAGCAGAAACACAACAAAGGCAGAACACUCACAGAAAUCGACACAAAUACGAAACCCAUCCAUAAAAAUAUAACACAGAGCAAGGACACCAGCAACGAUUGUACGGUGAGGCUUGUAGCUGCUGUGAGGAGGCCUAGGGUUUUUGGGGUCCGCCGAAAAUUAGGCACCGUCUAACGAGAGGCAAGACAAACUCUCUUUAACAGUCGGCAAAGAGGGCCUGGGAUCAAAGAGUGGGUCAGAGCCAGGUCAGACUUCCUCGUCGAAAGGAGAGCGAGUUCGAAGUCGAAGUCGGACAAGAUAAACGGCUAUAAAUAGAUGGCAUUGGACGCCAUUGCGAGAUUCCAAGCCUGGUCGACAGCAUUGGAUUUUGUUCUCCAAGUGUCCUCUAUAGUGUCAGCCGUAGUUGAAUAUUCAAAGAAAGAAAAAAGAGAAAAACCAUAUAAAUACAAUAACUAGUGAAAAGUAGCCAGGAAGUGAGACGGUGAUUAGUGAAACCUCUUCGAUACACCCUUUCGACGGGUCACCCGUUUGGGUCUUAAAUUGGAGGAGGCUCGUCUUCCACGACCGCCAGCUGAAAUUCGUAGAAAUUCGCCGGAGCUUUGGGUCGUCGCCUUGGAGCAGUUCGGCGAGCCAGAGAGGAGAGGCCAAAGAGUGCCCGGCAGACGGCAGCCGCGUCGGCUUGUUCAUCGCUCCGCGUAUGCGUCCAUACCCCGUGCGCAUGGGAGGAGGCAAAGAAAAAAAAGUGUUCUUCAGUGGCGACAAAUAGUGGCAGAUCGAGUUAGAAAAUUUCUCAUAGAAGGCCAGCCCCGCCCAAAAUAACAAUAACAAAAAAAAAAA